UUUUUAGCAGCCACAGAUAAGUCGGCCAUAUUAGAGAGAUGGAAAUAAAGCUUCCUUAAUGUUGUGCAUUUAUCUCUGAAGUACACCUGUGCAUUUUCUUUUUUUUUUUUUUAGCAUCCACCCCUCCUCUCCCAGGUCCCGGGUCCCGGGUCUGUCACUCACCCUCUCCCCUGCCCGCCCUCCGUCUCUGAAAAUGCCCAGGGACGCCUGGCUCCCUGGCCCCGCCGUCGGCCUCACGGGGCUCAGUCUCUUUUUCACUUUGGUGCCGUCCGGCCGGAGCAUGGAAGUCACGGUCCCCACCACCCUCAGCAUCAUGAAUGGCUCCGACGCGCGCCUGCCCUGCACCUUCAACUCCUGCUACACCGUGAACCACAAGCAGUUCUCCCUGAACUGGACUUACCAGGAGUGUAGUAACUGCUCUGAGGAGAUGUUUCUCCAGUUCCGAAUGAAGAUCAUUAACUUGAAGCUGGACCGUUUCCAAGGCCGUCUGGAGUUCUCGGGGAACCCCAGCAAGUACGACGUGUCAGUGACGCUGAGAAGCGUGAGGCUGGAGGACGAGGGCAUCUACAACUGCUAUGUCAUGAACCCUCCCGACCGGCACCGGGGCCACGGCAAGAUCAACCUGCAGGUCCUCCUGGAAGCGCCCCCACAGCGGGACUCCACCGUGGCGGUGAUCGUGGGGGCCUCCGUGGGGGGAUUCCUGGCCGUGGUCAUCCUGGUACUGAUGGUGGUCAAGUGUGUGAGGAGGAAAAAAGAGCAGAAGCUGAGCACGGACGACCUGAAGACGGAGGAGGAGGGCAAGACGGACGGCGAGGGCAACGCGGACGACGGUGCCAAGUAACGGGCGCCCCCCCCCCGCGGCCCCUCCCCGUGCCCCGCCCCCGCCCCGCCCUGUACAGCGCCACCCUGCCUGCCCGCUCUCGGUGUGCUCAUCUCCACACGGGGCUCAGGACCGACCCGGGGCCUCCGGAACCCCUCACUUUAUGUCUCCCACCCUACACCAAGAGCGACCACCUCGUCCAUCUGACAACUGCCAUGGCACUCGUGGGGCCCUGGGGAGAGGAG